ACAAAGAGGGACUGGCCUUUCAUAGACAACAGCCCUCCAGCUUGUUAAACAACAAAUAAAUCAGAUCAACGGCUUAGAUUUCUAUGGAUCCAAUGAGUGAAAACUCCUCCAAAAGCCUCACAGCGGAGAUCAACUUGGAGAAGCUGCAAAAGAUAGCGGCAGAGCUGAUUCUCCCCGGCAGAUUCCUCCUCAGGCCUCUGAAUGCUGUUCUGGAGUUCAUCAGCAGCCUCCUGGCCUGGAUCUUAGGAUGCAGCCUGGUCCGAAGGCACUUCCACCUCCUGCUGUCAGGACUGGUCCUCUUUGGACCUCUGCUGAGUUUCUGGGUUUCCAAAUACAGCAUCUUCGCUAACGGCAACCACUACCUGUACAGGAAGUUCCUCAGGUCUACCUGGGGUUGGACCUUCGUCCUCACAGGCUCCUUCGUCGUGCUCCUCUCCUUCUCGGCCUGCCGCUCCAUCUCCCUCACCCUUCGCCACCUCUCUCGGAUGGCGCUCUCGGGCGUGCUGUGGUGGGGCUGUCGGCGCCUUGUGACCCUGCUGGAGGACGCGGCCGGGGCCUGCUACGAACCUCUGGCCCCUGUGCAGGACGGCCAGAGCUCCUCCACCCCCGCUCAGCCUCUGCUGCUCCUACAUGAGGAUCAAACCAAGGCCUCCUGCCUCAAAGCCAACAUGACGUGGAGAGGCUAUGAGGUUUCCCAGGAAACGCUCAUCCUCUGCCUGUGCUGCCUGCUGAUUGUGGAGGAGCUCUCCGUCUUUGGUCGUCACCUGGAACACGAGAAGCGUCUUCACAGGCCUCCUAGCGCUCCCCUGAGAGUCCUCUUCCUCCUGUGUGUGCUUCUGCUCUUUAUCUGGAUGGUCUUGCUUCUGUGCAUGCUUGCAUACUUCCCUGCAUGGCCUUCUCAGCAGCUGGGAGGAGCUCUGGGCUACCUGGGGUGGAGGGGCCUUUAUCAGGGAUGGUACCGCCUGGCACCCAGUCACUGGUCCCCCGGUUUACCAGGAGACGGCCUUUUUAGCAGCACAGACUCUGAUAAACACUCAAACUAGUUUAAGGGUUUUAAAAUUAAACACAGCAGACUACGGAGAUUCUUGUUGC